CCCAACGUCCGGUCGCACUCGGGACGAAGCCAGGGCGCCCCGCGAGGACUCCGCCCGCCCCGCCGCCCCGCCCCUUUCACCUUCCAGCAGCUUCCUAGCCCAGACCUGGUCCUCGCCCUCCCAGGCGCGCUCCGCCCUCCGCCCUCGUAGGUAUCCACGCUCGGCCUCCCGCGCCGGGCGGGCUCCGCCCGAGUCUCUGGGCCCCAUGGCCAAGCGGCGUGCGGCCGAGCCGCUGACGUUCCACGUGCCGUGGAAGCGGCUCCUGCUCUGCGACUUCCCGGAGGAGCCGUCGUCGCUCUGGAUCCCGCCGCCGGUGGCUUCUCAUCCUGGGCAGCUCCUCGGCGUCCCCGAGCAGCCUAGAAAGCGCAAAAUCGACGCGGGGGCCAUGGGCGAGCCUUUGACUUCACCCAGCAAGCGCCGCGACGGCGGGGACACAGACGCUCACGGUGGCGCGGAGAGUGAAAGCAGUGGCCUGGAGACUGGCGAGCCGCCGCUGCUGCAGCCACCAGGGCGGCCCCUCGAAACGGGGGAGGAGCUCCGGGGCGCCCGGCCCUCGAGGGGCGGUGGCGACGACGGGGCGGGGCGCGUAGAGCCCCCGCGGGGAGACUGGGGGCCCUCUGAGCGCCAGCUCAAUGAAGAAUUUUGGCAGUAUAAUACCUUCCAGUACUGGAGGAAUCCCUUACCACCUCUUAAUCUGGCAGACAUCGAAGACAUAAAUGAAGAUAACCUGAGGAAACCAAUGCUGCAGGGCAAGAAUGAAGUGGUUGAGAUUGACAUGGAGUCCUGACAGAAGGAACUAAGAAAAUGUUUUUUUCUGAAGUGGAGAAGACAACUUUAAAUUUAUGUAUUCUUAAGGGAGAGAGUUAUUUUCCAUACCUAAUGUGAUAUUUGUUCCCAAACCUGAAAAAUGAGGAAAAGUUGUUUUAAGGAUAAAUGCCUGCAGUCACUACUGAACUUCCCAAUAGAGAUUUAUCAAGAAUAUAUAGUGCAGUUAUAGAGGAAGUAUUGUAUGUAUGCAUUCCUAAAGGAAAAUUUUGCUCAGAUUCUAACUUUGAAGAGGAAUCCUGACAGUUCUAGAGAUAGGGAAAUACUCAAAUAUUCCUAUCUGCACCAAAAAGUUUAUGGUACAUGAAGUAAAUAUUGUUUUAUAACAAUUGUUAAUAAAAUGCUUUCAGAUACAUUUUACUGACUUCUAGUUAAACUAAUAGGUAAUUUAAAAAUCUAUACAAACUUAAAAUUGUGAGGCAUAGUAUUUCUAAGUGUAAAGAAUUUCAAUUUGGGUAGCAUGUUUGUGUAACUUCCAAUCUCUGGUGUUUGAUAAACUCUACUAUAAUAAUCAAAAGUAGUUGAGAACAAUGAGAAGUGAAUAGGUGCUUUUUCCCCCAGGAUAAGAGGAAAGAAACUUAUCACAUUUCUUUCUUUAUUUUGUUAGUUUUGAAUUAUUUUAAGGGCAUGGUUUUAAUUGCUCACUAUUUUAAACUUUAUUUUAAAGGAAAGAGCUGAAGCAAUGCCUCUUAAUUA